AUGGACGUACCAGAUGUGACUUUGGUCAUUCAGUGGCGAGCGUCGUGCAGGUUGUCUGCCCUUUGGCAGCGGUUCAGUCGUGCAGCCAGAGACCGCACGCUGGAAGGGACUGUGUUGCUGUUUGCAGAAAAAGAGUAUUUCGACGAUAUACGUGAAGAUAAGCGUAAGCGUCAGGAGUGCAAAAAGAAAGCAACAAACGCACCAGAUAACCAACCGGCUGCCAAACGCCGUGUAAUUAAUAGUUCGACUGCUAUUGAUGUUGCGCACCUGGAAGGAGAGGAUAGCGCCCAGUCUACCAAUAAUCCUAGUGGCUCAGCAGCAAACUCACCUAAGGUUAUAAUUACUGAUGCACAGUUGAGGGAUUUAAUAAAACCGGCAAGCACAUUGGAGAGGUUAUCAAGGCAGAAGAGAGAGAAUGAACUGGACCGAGCAAUGGACUUGUUGAUCAACGCUGAUUAUCGUGGCGUUGGGUGUCAUCGGAAGGUGUUUAAUAUCCAAUUUGACAACGGAUCAGCAGAUUUGAGUCACCUUACAUGCGACCCAUCAGAUAGUAAGGAAGGCUGCUCACAUUGCGCUCCUGUACUUCCUAAAGUGUGCUGUGACAUUCAUCACCCUUCAGCAUUCUCGUUGUUUGAUCCCAUCAUUGUCCCUCAACCACCCAGACUUCCCAUCCGCUCUAGACUUGCAAAAUAUACAAUGGGCCCACAGGAGCACAAACUAUGCGAGGCACUGGAGGAUUGGAGAGACCAGAAGACAGUGGAGAUCUAUGGACGCUCACACCUUAUUGACCUCAGUCCAACUGUUGUAAUGGGCGACUCAGUCCUUGACCGGAUUGUUGACUGCACCCAUUUUGAGAAGAUUAAGAUUGUUGAGGAUCUCCGCAAGGAAACACAUUGGCCUGUCAAUGAUGAUCUGGCCAGGGAGGUGAUUUCUCUAAUCCACUGCAUCAUUCCAAUUUCGCUCUACACCACUGCCCCUCUACAACAGCGCCCUCUAUCCACCACCACACUAAACAAUGGGUCAGCUCAACAUCCAGUCCUUGCUCCCCCCAAUGGCAUGAUAAAGGUGUCAAAAUGCAGCGCUUGCGGCCAGCCUGGCUAUAACAAAUAUGGGCGUGUUUGUCCCAUGCACCCAUCAAGGACAUCUUCUGCAGCUGGGAAGGAGAAUGAAGUUAAAUCCGAGCGUCUUGCAAGAACGGUGAAUUCUGAUAAUCAAGUGCAGAGCACAUCAAAUCCGAACUCUCAGCGUCUUGUAGGAACGGUGAAUUCUGAUAAUCAAGUGCAGAGCGUUGGUCGGCCAUAA